AUGGUGUUCAUGCAUUUGAGCAUUUUAUUAUUUCUCUUUUCCUCUGCCUAUACUAACCCACUGGCAAGUCUUGCAGAAUAUGAUGACACAGAAUUAGAAUGGGAGAGUUUGCAGGCAGAACUGGGGGACGAGACUGAUGAGGUGCCCGCAGGGUUUGUACCCAGCUCCCCUAUGUUUAGUGACAGGUUCCUAAGGAGUAAAUCCUCAGCACAUCAGAGGGCUCCUUGGUAUCGAAUUGUCCAUUUCUCACAGGACCCGAAAGAGUUAUUCAUGCCAGAAAAAGGAUUUAGACCUGUCCCUGACACAGUCAAGGAAAUGUUGCUUGCACCACCUCCUACUGUGGUCCCACCUGGAGGAGCAGCCAAGUCUAGGCUUGUUGGGGUCUUGUGCCAUAUUGACCGAAUGUAUGUGAAAGUAAGCAAGGAGCUUUUUUCCACAAGAGACGCAUUCAAAGACUUGAAACUUGGUAACUGUCCGGUAAACGAAGCCACUUCUGAACAUUAUUACCUUCUUUACCUUUUGAAAAGUGACUGUGGAUUCGAGAGAGAGAGUACUGAAGACUAUUUGUUCAUCAGUAUUGUCCUCCACUACAAGCCAACAACACCAGUUAUGCGAGAGAUGCCAUUUGAUGUAACCUUGCAGUGCAAAUACCCGAGGCAUUUUCACUCCUUCAACCCUGGCAUCUCUAUCCAACUCAGAAGAGGCACGGUAUAUAAACCCCUCCGAUCAAAACAUGCCUAUAUCAUCACUCCACAAGAUGCAUCAGGGAAGGAAAUUGGUGGUGAUCAAACAUUUGUCCUGGGACAGCCAAUGUACUUUGAGGUGAAACAAACAAACACUUCAACAGACCAGAGGCUUUACAUCAACAAAUGUUUCAUGACUGCUUCAGAAGAUCCUUAUUCUGAACCUAAAUAUACAGUUAUAGACAACCAAGGCUGUAUGAUUGAUAGUAAGGUGACAAGACAUUCUGCAUUUAUCAAAGGUCCUUCAAACAUCCAAAAAUUCUCAGUGAGCGCCUUCGUUUUCAAAGACACAGCCUUUUCUUCAUCGCCGCAGCUAUAUUUGCACUGUGAAUUCUCAAUGGGCGAUCCAACACCAACCUCGAGUUUGAAGGCUUGUAACUAUCAUCGAUUUACGAAAAAGUGGAAGGAGUUGUAUGGUCAUGACAGUGUGUGUGCCUGCUGUGAAUCAUCCUGCUUGCCACCAUCAAAAGCUUCUGGGAACAUAGUCUCUAGUCCGUCUUGGAGGGUCAGCUUCAGAGGUAAGGAUGGAAAGCCAGAGUUUGAGUUGCAGCCAAGAUCUGCCAUCUGGAGCACCUCCAGCAUGGAGGACUGGACUGACCAUAGUGACUUCCUUAGCUACUGGGAAUGA